CGCGAUAUUCCUCAGACGAUUCCUCUAAAGUCACACGGUCGAACGCAUCAGCUUUAGGAAGGAGACCCAGGGUUUCAAUGGCAAGUGAAGAUGCACUGGACGAAAUCCCUCUAAGCAAAAGAUUGGAGAAGAUACAGCUCCUCUCUCCAUCUUCUUUUUCCCCCCCUUCUUCAAUAAUAAUAUCCCCAAGGCUAACAUUAUUAUUGCUUCUUCGAAUUCUCUCUUGCAUCUUCUUCUUCUUCGCCAUUUUCGACUCCGCCGCCGCGCAUUCUUCUGCACGUAAUCAUUCCGGCUCGCUGGUGGCAGACGACAUCGUCGCGGAUGCGGCGGCAGCCGCGGCGGCGUUUAGGAACGCGACCGCGAUCUCGGAGUUCCGGCUGCUCAACCGAAAGUAUCUGUUGAAUUGCACGGACAUCAACCCUUACAUUAAACUGAGUAUAAAGUGGCCGUCCGGCGACGACUACUCCGACGGGCAGCUUCUCCCCGACGAAGAGUUGGUUACCGUUCAAGUUGACGGAGUUCUGUUCCCCUCUCCCGGAGACUGGGUUGCCCUAGUUUCUACUUCCCAUUCUGAUGUUUCAGGUUGUCUCUUAAGUAAGUUAAAGUACUCACAAACUGGAGAUUUCAGCAAACUCCCUCUGCUUUGCCACUAUCCUGUUAAGGCACAAUAUUUGAGUAGUGAUCCAGAUUACCUCAACCGCAAAAAAAAGAAGUGCAUAGACAAAUUAUGCCUAUUGCACACUUACAGUGCCACACUGACGUUUCAUGUAAUCAACUUCAGAACAGAGAUCGAAUUUGUACUGUUUGCCGGUGGGUUUGAGACGCCAUGUAUCUUGAAGAGAUCUACUCCUCUAAACUUCUCCAAUCCCAGCAGCCCUUUGUACCCUCAUCUGUCCAGCAUUGAUUCCACUGCCACCUCAAUGAGAGUAACGUGGGUUAGUGGGGAUAAAAUGCCUCAACAAGUUCGUUACGACAAUGGAAGAUCUCAGACAUCUGAGGUUACCACUUUUACUCAAGAUCAAAUGUGCAGUUCUAUUCCAAAAAGUCCAGCCAUAGACUUUGGAUGGCAUGAUCCGGGAUAUGCCCAUUCAGCUGUCAUGACAGGACUCAAUCCUUCAACGACAUACACCUAUACUCUGGGAAGUGAUUCAAUUGGUUGGAGUAGCAACAUCACAUUCAAAACAGCGCCUGCUGGAGGAUCAGAUGAGCUACGAUUUAUAGUAUUUGGUGAUAUGGGCAAAGCUCCUCGUGACAAUUCUAUAGAACACUACAUCCAGCCAGGAUCCUUGUCAGUGGUGGAUGCUAUGGAACGUGAGAUAUCAGCAGGGAAAGUAGAUUCUGUAUUCCACAUUGGUGACAUAAGCUACGCCACCGGGUUCUUAGUAGAAUGGGACUACUUCCUGCACCUCAUAACUCCAGUUGCUUCUCGUGUUCCUUACAUGACUGCAAUCGGGAACCAUGAGAUAGAUUAUAUAGGAACAGGAUCAGUUUACAAGACGCCAGAUUCAGGUGGCGAAUGUGGAAUACCUUACGAGACAUACUUUCAAAUGCCAACACAAGCCAAGGAUAAGCCUUGGUAUUCUAUAGAGCAAGGAAGUGUUCACUUUACUGUCAUUUCCACAGAGAAUGAUUUUUUUGUUAACUCAGAGCAGUAUGAAUGGAUGAAGAGGGACAUGGGUGCUAUAGAUCGUGAAAGAACGCCUUGGCUAAUAUUUACAGGGCAUCGCCCCAUGUAUUCUUCCAUUUCUUCCGAUGAAACACAGCUAAUUGAGAGCGUAGACAAUAAUUUUGUUCAUGCAAUAGAGCCACUGCUGUUAGAGAACGAGGUUGAUAUCGCAUUGUGGGGUCAUGUUCAUAAGUAUGAGAGGACAUGUGCUGUUUAUGGAAAUCAAUGCAAAGCAAUGCCUGUAAAAGGUGGAAAUGGAGAAGACACUUAUGUUAACAACAGUGCACCUGUUCACGUGAUUAUUGGAAUGGCUGGGUAUAGCUUGGACCCCUCCCCCAGCAUUGCUGAAAAAUGGAGUUUGGUGAGAAUAUCUGAAUACGGAUAUGCAAGACUGCAUGCAACAAAGAAAGAUCUCAAAUUUGAGUUCGUAAAUGCAGCAACAGGGAUUGUAAGGGAUAGCUUCCGGAUCACCAAAAAUAUCGGAAAGUAGAGUCUAAUAGGAAAAACAUCUGAAUGCAUUCAGACAUGAAUAUUGUAUGCAGCCACAAGAAAAUACUGCCUUUAAU